AAGAUGGAAGAAGACGGUGGAAGACGGUGGCCGCUGGUGGUGCUAACAUCAUCUCCAUUUCAUGGCCACAUGACUCCAACCCUCCAGCUAGCCACUGCCCUUCAUGCUCUAGGCUUCACCAUAGCUAUUGCUCACGCUCAGUUGAACCCUCCUGACCCAUCUAACCAUCCCGACUUCAUCUUCCUCCCUCUUUCUGACAACUUAUCCGCCAUUGAUGCCUCCUCAAGCUUCACUGGUUUCAUCCAAACUCUCAACACAAACUGCCGACCAUCACUCCAUCAACACUUGAUUCGGUUGAUGAGUGAAGAAAGCAGAGGAGAUAAAUCGAUGGUUAUCAUCUAUGAUUACCUUAUGUUCUUUGCAGGAGCUGUUGCCAUGGAUCUGAAUCUUACAUCCAUAAUCUUCCGUAGCAGCAGUGCUACGUACUUUCCGGCUUUUCUUGUUCGUCGGCAGCUGCAUCAACAAGCCCGGUUUCUUGAACAAGAUUUUGCGAUGCAGGACAUGGUACCAGACCUACAUCCCCUCAGGUAUAAAGAUCUGCCAUUUUCGAAAUCACCGAUCGAAGAUUGGCACCAACUGGUUGCUAUCUUCAGCCAACAACGCAACCCCUGCGCGGUUAUCUGGAACACUGUCAAAUUUCUCGAACACGAAGCGUUAUCUCAAAUCCACCAGCAUUACCAGGUUCCAGUCUUCGCAGUCGGGCCUCUGCACAAGAUAACACCAAGUCCACCUACUAGUUUUCUUGAAGCAGACACCAGUUGCAUCAGCUGGCUGGAUAAACAAGCUCCCAAAUCCGUGAUUUAUGUCAGCUUCGGAAGCCUAGUUACCUUAGACGUAAAAGUGCUAGCCGAGAUGGCAUGGGGUCUAGCCAACAGUAACCAGCGGUUCCUAUGGGCGGUUAGACCUGGUUCAGUCAGCGACGCUGAAUGGACUGAGUUCUUUCCGGAGGGUUUUAGAGAAGAAACAAGAGAGCGAAGUCUAAUCGUGAAAUGGGCACCCCAAAAGGAAGUUUUGGCGCAUUCGGCAGUCGGUGGAUUUUGGAGUCAUUGUGGUUGGAAUUCGACGUUGGAGAGUAUUUCAGAGGGGGUUCCGAUGAUAUGCCAACCGUUUAAUGUAGACCAAGGGGUGAACGCACGAUACGUGAGUUACGUAUGGAAGAUCGGGGUGGAGUUGGAGGUUUUGGAGAGAGGAGAGAUGGAAAGUAUGAUCAGAAGAGUUAUGGUGAAUGAAGAAGGGAAGGAAAUGAGGAUGAGAGCAGGUGAAAUGAGUGAAAUGGUUAAAGAUGCAGUGCAAAAUGGAGGUUCUUCCCAUGAGUCAUUGGAGGGUUUGGUGGAUUUUAUCAUGUCAAGAAGCAUUUUAUCUCCCUAAACUCGGGUAAGCGUUUAUCAAGUUAGAUUACCUUAUCGAAUGAAUAUGGCAAGGACCAAAACUCUUACCUACUAAAAGCGAGGCAAGAAUCGAGAGUCUUACUCAGUAAGUGAGGGCAAUGGCUUUUACCACAAUUAGUGUUUACCGGGGUAAAAUUGUUGCAUAUGAUGUUGUUUUUGUUGACUAAAAUCUUACUCGA